AUGGGUGGCAAGAAGUUUGGGGUUCUGCUGUGUGCGGAUGAUUCCGAGAACGUGAAGAAGAUUUAUGGAGAGCACUUUGGAGCUUUCGUGAGAAUGCUGGGGGAAGAAGGUGAAACCUGGAAGGUGUUUCGUGUGGCCAAUGGUGAGUUCCCUGAUGACGAAGAGAUUAAAGAGUUUGAUGGGUUUGUCAUCACUGGAAGUUUCAGUGAUGCUCAUGGGACUGAUGUCUGGAUCUGCAGGCUUCUCAAUCUGCUCAAACAAUUGGAUUCCAUGAAGAAGAAAGUUCUGGGCAUAUGCUUCGGUCACCAGCAGCACUGGUACGAAGCUGUUGUGAGUGGAAUGAAGGCUCCUGCGGAGGCAUGGGACCAACUAGCAUAUCUAUACUACAAAGAUAAUCAGAUCAAGAAGCCUGUUGAUGCAAUGACGAAGGCCUUUCUAUUGUGA